AUGUCGGCGAUGAAGAGGAUGUCGAUUGGAAAGGAGGAGAGGACGACGUCGAGGCCGCUUGACCAGUACAGCAUUGUCCCUACCUGGAAUCUCCACGGCGCUGCUGCGGGAGCUGCGAGGAUGGCGAGUUCAUAUGUCAACUUCAGCACACCCGGCCGCCGACCACAGACUGCUGUACGAGAUGUCCGACCGUCCAUGGAUGGUCUACCGGAGAAUGAAGCUGUACAACAGUUCCAAGUGAGACCAAAAGCCAAAUACAUUCAACUCCACGUCAGCAGCGAUGACACUGCAUCCAUUCGCCCUUCCUUCGAUACCGAAAUCACCACACGAGACUAUGCAAUCUCAUCCUCCGACCGCCCCAUGACAUCCAGUGCGAGCUCGCGGCGAGCACUGUUGAUCCCUCAGCGAACCUCUUCGCUCGCUUCCUCCAACUGGCGAGCCAAUCUAGACCGCAAGCUGUACGCUUCGAGCUCUCAAUCGACUCGCAACGCUGGUAGCCACCACUUCGACGCUACUCCAACUCUUGUGCGGACGCCGUGGGAGUUCGAUCGAGGACGACCUGAUUCGAGAUGGACCCGUACACCCUCCAUCCGCGGCAGGCCGUCCACCUCAGCAUCUCACUAUUUCCGGACACUCGCUGAGCUGCCAAAAGAGAUAUAUCAGACGAUAGUGGAACAUUUGCAAGACGUGCACACAUCACACAGCAACCGACUUGAUGUCUCAUCUUUACGGCGAGACUUACGGUCGAUGUGCCUGGUCAACACCCAGUUGCAUCGGAUCGCCCGGGCACAGCUCUAUCGUGAGCUAUACCUUCCCUCGAACAAGAGUCCGCCGAAACGUCGGUGGUCCUCGAAGAUGACACGCUCCAGCUUGCGCAUGCUGCUCGACACUAUUAACCGCACGCCCGGUCUUGGAUAUCUCGUGCAGACAAUACAUAUACCGCCUGCUAUGCUGAUGGAACUGGAGCAACAAGCAUUCCUUCCACUCGAGUCGACUUCCACACUCUCACUCCUCGAACACAUCAUUCGCGCAUCGUACUCCCUGACUCACCUCACACCUUGGACUCCUCCCGCGACACCAUCAACCCGUCUCCUCAUCGAAGCCCUUGCGAGCCGCACUCGCCUCAAGUUCCACUCAUGGAACCUCGACUCUGCGCGGGCAACUUUACCCAACCUCUCCGACUUCCUCCACACCCAUGACCAAUGGCUGCAUCUUUCCACUCUCUCGCUCGUAGCCGACCUCGGCGUUGACCUUGGCUUCGAGACUCUCCCUGAAGUCCUCGCCCGCCUCCCUCUCCUCCGCAAUCUCGCUCUCCAAGGCCUGCACCCGUCCGACUUCAACUCCGCCUCGAUCGCCUCCCUACCAUCCCUCGCCACCCUACGACUCGACUCCCUCCCCGCCAUAUCCGACGACGCUCUCCGCUUCCUCCCACGUUCAAUCAAACAUCUCCAACUUCUAAACCUCAACAUCCUCUCCCUCCGCUCCAUCCAACUGACUCUCCUCUCCCUCCCACGCCUGGACCAUCUCACCGUAAUCCAACAGACAGCACCAGAACCACAAGUCUCCUCACCUCUACCGGAUCCUUUCUCCUCCAAUCACUGGGAGCAGACAACCAUCAACCCCUUUCACCUGGUUUCACAUUCCCUGACUCAUCUCCACUGGCACUGCCUUCGACCCGGAAAUUCCCUCUCCUGCAUCGCCUCUUCCAUCACGCCGCCGGACUUCGCUUCCGUCCCGGCGCUCCCGGCUCUGCGGCAGGUCGUCGUGCCAGUCGAUGUCGACGGAAAGGUGCAAGCCGUUUGCCGACCUGUACCGCGGGUGCGGGUGACUCACGACGAUGUGCUAUUCCUGCAGAAAUGGGAGGAUAAACUUGAAGAUGCCGCCUACGCAGAGCAAUCAGGAGCAGAUCAAGCAGCAGAGAUACCGCGUGAAGGCAAAGACGGCGUCAACCGUACCACGACAUCAUCAUUGCGUGCCGCGGGACUGUAUGCUCAGAUCCGCAUCCGCGAGACGUCGCAGCGGAAAGUCGAGGAUUUCAACAACGAUGAUGAGGGUCCGGCUGGGAAGGGUCUGGGCAGGGUGAAUACCGGCGGCUCGGGCAUGAAAUUUGUGGUUUCGGAUGAUGGAGGGCAGGUGAAGGACGAGAGAGUUGUGGGCGGGUGGGUUGGAGUUGUGGAUGGGAGGGUGGAGUACGUUUUGGAUAGAGAGGUCGGGGUGGUGGAGAGUGUGAAGGGUGGGGUGGGGUGGUGCCCCAAACGCAAUGGGCGGUCGAAGUGUUCGGAACGUCGAGAGGGCUCGAACCCUGUUCGUUGGCUCAUCAGCACUCGCUCCCACCGCCGGAAGGAAAGAAGAAAACGAAAAACUCACCCGAAGGCAAGCGUCAACCAUGGGUCGCUUGUAAGCACACUCGCAAGCGCGUUUCGGUUCGGUGCUCUGCAAGGCAAAAGGUCAGCUGUGGUCAAGAUCAAAGCAUGGGUACUUUGUGCGGCAGCUCACGUAGCAAGAGCAGAGGUUGUUCUGCGUGCACCCGAAGGCGUGCGUGCCCGCGAGGAUGCAUUCAUCUGGAGGGAAGACGGUGCACCAGUCGUCGCACAUGGAAUGGUCUGUGCACUGUGGAGGAGGGAUAUGGUCAGUCAAGUUCGGAGUCGGCAGGAUUUGUAG